AUGACCUCCUGGCGUACCAUUGUCAAUGCAGGUCCACCGAGUCUGCUGGCAAUCGAUACCACGAACAGCACCGCAUACUUCGCCCUAGAUGUCAGUGAGGGUGAUGAUACAAAGCUCUCAGUGCUGCGUGGUCGUAUUAAAGUUGUCAACAAAAAGAUUACUGAGAUAGAGCUCUUUAUCAAUCGCUCCCGUGGAGAUCAUGGCUUCUCGUAUUCAGCUCAGGAGCUUCCCUCGAACUAUGAGACACUAAUGUCGCCACCCAACAAUCGCACUAAAGCAAGUAGAGAACAGCUAGACUUGCUCAGUCGGUCUCUUUUUGACAAAACAAGCGACUAUUCAAAUCAAAUCGGCGAUGACUGUCAGUUUACUGAAAUAGGUUGGAAAGUGGUCGAUACUGGGGUAUGGGGGAAUGCAUCGUCUACACCACUUGGUUGCAGUUGGCCUGCUAGUCAUCCUACUGAUUCAAACCCCCGUACUGGAUUGGUCAUCGACGAAGAAUUGGGAUUCAUCGUGACAAGCGGGAUGAUUCCGGGCAAAGUUUAUCCCUACAAUGGCAAUAUCUCUGCUUUUAUCCCAGAUACUAUGACUUCUGCGCAACAAGCACAGGAUGUGUGGUAUGAUGAAAUGAAGAAAGAGGGUGUAUUGUCAAUGGUGGCUCCCACUGAAGCCACAGGUGAAACCCUCGAAGUACUUCAAUGGUACAAUGGCAAGCUUCAAGCUAUGCAGAUCAACGUUUAUCUGAGCGGGCCAAAUAUGACAUCUGCUUGGUUGUAA